UGAACUCUAUGUGAAUCCCAUACUGCUACUUUCUUUAGAGGACAUUUAUGAAAUGUAUGACAAAACUAAAUACCACUUGCUUCACUACUUUGUCAUUGGCAGAAGUAUGAAAUUACUUUCAUCAAUACUUGAAAAAAGUCUGACAGGCGUGGACAACAAGGAUGAUGAAGGAAGAUCAGCACUGCAUAUAGCUGCAUUACUGAACUACAGUGAUAUAGCAACUGAACUCAUAAAUAAGCAUGCUGAUAUAAACUUGGCAGACAAAGUUGGUAUGACGCCCCUUCUCUUUGCUGCCAACUACGGCAGUUUGGAGGUGUUCGAGAUACUUCUUCAGAAUCCUGCUACUACUGUAAACGUGACAGCUAAGAAUAAAAACUCUGUUCUGCAUUUGGCAAUGAAGAACAACAACACUAACAUAUUAAAAAUCUUGAAGAAGCACAAGGAAUUGAUGAAAACAACACACAAUGUGGAAUGGACAACGUUUAUAGGGAUGGACUGUUCAGAAAAAAAAUCUGCCUUACAUUAUGCAGUUUUACAGAACAACAAGGAGUCAGUAGAAAUCCUGCUUCAAGAGCAUGUAGACGUACAUCAUUACACGGACAUAGACUUCAGAACACCACUAAGUUAUGCAGCAGGAAAAGGACUGGUGGAAAUCACAAAGAUACUUGUUGAACAUGGUGCAAGGAACUGCCGUGAUGAAAAUCUGUUCAGUCCAAUACAUCAUGCAGCUAAGAACGGCCACCCUGAAGUUGUUCAACUCCUUGUAAAUGAAGAAUUUUCUUCGAACACAGAUUUAGAUGGAAGGAAUGGCUUGGAUAUUGCGAUCGGUGAAAACCACGAGGAAGUAGCUUUGGUAAUAGUCAAAAGCGAUAAUUGGAAGAAGUUUCUACAGAAUACAACUGGUGAAUAUCAAACACCGAUGAGAAAGCUUAUAGCACAUAUGCCAGAUGUUGCUAGAGAGGUGUUCAAUCGUUGUACAACUGUCGACGGUACAGGUGACGAGUUCAGUGUAAAUUUUGAUUAUGAACUUCUUGAUGACACACACCUUCUAGUCAACAAGUGGAAAGAUGUGGGAGGCAAACCGUACACGGAGGACGCCAAUGAGAUUACAAGAAAUCAUCCACUCAUGAUAAUGGUAACAAAAAAAAGAACAGAACUUCUUGACCAUCCUCUAGUUUCUGCACUUCUGAAAAAGAAAUGGACCAGCAUCGGUCUUAUUUUUUAUCUCCUCAACGUAUUUCUGUAUGUGCUGUACUUGGCGAUGCUCACUGGUUUUGCACUUUAUGUACAAGCGCCCUAUAAGUUCACCGAAACUGAUAACCUAGUAAAUAAGCUUUAUUUCAGUGUUUCAACAGACGUCACACAAGACAGGAUCCCACCAUUUGCGGCAUUUGCAAAAUACUCUGUCAUCGUUUUGACUGCUAUAGAACUAAUCAUAGAGAUAUGUGAAAUGACACUGAUAUUCUCAUGCAACAUGAGGUCAUACAUUAUGGAGAAAGAAAAUGUUUUGCAAUGGAUAGCGUACAUUUUAUCCAUACUUUUUGUGAUCCAUCCCAGUGGCUCUACCGAUACAGGAUAUAGGCCUGAAUGGCAAUGGUCUUGUGGCACAGUGUCAGUUUUCUUGGCAUGGAUAAAUCUAUUGUUACUUACCCAGAAAUUCGAUUGGAUUGGUAUUUAUGUUGUAAUGCUAUUCCGGGUCGGCAAGGUGUUCAUGAAGUUCUUCCUCGUCCUCUCCUUUCUGAUUGUCGCAUUUGCCAUUACUUUUCACUGUCUGCUUCAAAAUCAGGAACCGUUCAGCACGUUUUGGAUAUCCUUGGUGAAGACUACAGAAAUGAUGAUAGGCGAGCUUGACUACACAACGAUAUUCUUUGAUGAGAAAGUGCACUAUAACGCCAUCAGUCACGUGUUCUUCUACAUCUUCAUGCUAUUUAUGACCAUUGUUGUCGUGAAUCUAAUGCUAGACAGAAAUUCUCUUGAGGUAAUCUACAAAUCAUUCAUUAGACCUAUUCUUGAAUAUGGUGACGUACUAUUUGACAAUUGCACUCAAAAUGAAAAACAGGAACUUGAAAAAAUUCAGCAUGAAGCAGCAAGAAUAGUAACUGGAACAACGAAACUCGUUUCUAUUGACAAACUUUUAUCUGAAGUUGGCUGGGAAACCCUUGCAAACAGAAGGAAAAAACAUAAGUUAGUGCUGUUUUAUAAAAUGAAAAAUAACCUCACACCGUCCUAUCUUUCAGACCUUGUUCCAUCUAAUGUAGGAAGAGACCACAGAUACCCUCUUAGAAAUGCUGAAAAUAGUCAGACUAUGUCCACACAUACUGCAUUUUAUUACAAUUCCUUCCUUCCAUCAGUCAUACGGGACUUCAACGCUCUUCCAGACGAAAUACGGAAUGCUUGUUCUCUAGCAUCCUUUAAGCGUAUGUUAAAUAAUGACAUUCCUACUGCUCCAAAGUACUUUCUGACAGGAGAUGGUUUAUCAAAAGAGAUAAAGACACUGAAGAGAGAAAUGAAACAUAUGGACGCAGAAUCUAGGAAUGAAGUAAGAACAAUUAACAGAGAUAUGCAGGAGGAAAUGAAAAGCAUGGAAUCGAGAUUGCAGGAAAAAAUGAAAAACUUAGACGCGAAAUUAAUGACCAUUAUACAGAAUCUUAAUAAAGCGGAAGACAAAUCAAGUACAGACAACCAACAAACUGUAAAACUUUAG